AUGUCUUCGGACCAAUUUUCGGUGCCGGCCGCCGACGUGAUGAUGUCCGUCGUGCUUCCGACGAUUAUUUUCUGCAUCGGAUUAGUCGCCGCCAUGCUGGUAAUGCCCGUUUCAGAUAAUUUUUCCACAAAAAUUUUGCAGCUCGGAAUAAACAAAUGCAAAAAAUGGGAACUGGAUAAAGUGGUCGAAUUGCGACGGUCGCGACGAGUUUUGCAGCGCGUCACCAAUCGAUUAAGGGAGAAAAACUUCAAAACCAUUCAAAGUUGGCUGAAAGUCUGAAAUUUCUGCCGAAAAUUCAAAAAUUUAGGGGCUCGGACUAUGAGAAAACGGGCGGCGAGCGCAAAAGCGAGGACCGAAUUUUCGCCGCCAGCUUAUGUGUCCAAGAAUAAUUCGACCGAGUUUCCGUGAGUUUUUAUCGGACUUUUUCAGAGAAAAAGAAAAAAAAAGUCAAUUUUUACAGUUGCGGAACGUCUCCGCCACCGUCUUAUGAGGACGAUCUUCUCGAAGAGUAUUAUAAAGAGUGCCAUCCCAGCAGGUUCGUUUUCAAUAGACCGACAAUUGUUCGUCUCAAAAUGACUCAAAAAAAAUGACUUGGAAAAUUUCAAAAAAUCGCAAAAGAACUGCAAACCCUGUAAAACGUUUUUUGUAAAAUUUGCAGGAGAUCAGCGCCAGUGCCGGAUUCUCCGCGCCGCUACGUACGAAACCGUGCGAAACCGCCGGUGACGCAGCGGAGAGUGAGCCGUUCAAGUGUGCCCACCUACGCACCCCGCGGAUCCAUCCAAAUCGUCUGA